UAAGUCGCAAUUUCUAAAUUAUCUUAUUUACGUAUUCAGAACGUCGCAAGGUCGAGAAAAAGCGUCACAUUAAUUUUCAUUAGUUCUUGUUUUUUAAAACCGGAUGUAUUUUGAAAACGAUACGUUUUCAACGAAUGAAAGUUAACAAUGUGUCACUUAUAACAAAAGAAAGUAGAUUUUGUAAACUUAAAUAUUUCUUGUUUGAUACAGCGUGAGAACGAAUGGGGAAUGCCACAAUGGACUCUAAACGAAACAAAAUUUGUGAUCCUUGUCGGUUCAGGGAUAAACAUGUAACUGCAGACUAUUUUUGUCAAAAUUGCCUGGAAUACUAUUGCAAACAAUGCCGUAAACAGCAUCUUAAGUUUCGACUAACAAUGGGGCAUACGGUUCAAAAAUGGAAGCAAAGAUGGAGUGAUUUAUCAUCGAAAGUUACAAAAAGUAACAUCAAUGCCAUGCAUGAGCCUGACAGAUAUGGGAGCAGUAGAGUAGAGUCAGAUUUGGAUGUUUACGAUUUUGAGGGAGAAAUUUUAGAAACCGACUCUUCGAAACACUCUCACCUGACCGGAAAGUGCACCAUACGUUUAGACAGCUGCAGUAUUGCAAUAACGGAAAUAGCGAAUCACGUGACUUUUUGUUGGCCGUUUACAUGUAUCAGGAAAUACGGAAGUAUGGACGAUAAAAUAUUCUUUUUCGAGAGUGGCAGGAGAUGUGAGGCCGGAGAAGGACGAUAUGUUCUGUUGACUCAUGACGCUGUUAGUUUACACAAGAAUAUGACGAACUUCAUCAGACUAAUUGAGAAAAAAACGCAUCCUUGAUGAAAAGUUUUUUGUAAGCCAUAUUGCACAAUCCGUCAGUUAUUCAUCGUGAAAUUUUAAUGGAAAUACGUCUUCCGGUGCAUUUUAUAAUGUUAUUUUAUUCAUGAAAUGUCACUGAAAUCGAAUAAAUGCCCCAGCGCGUGAACCAUUUCAGAAAUGUGAGAAAAAAGCUUUAUUGACUAUUUUGCAUUUUAUUUUGUAUAUUUACAGACCAUAAAAUUUCCUGUCGAAACUCUGUUGGCAUCAUAACACUGCUGUAUUUCAGACUCUAUCUUCAAUAUAAUUCUUAUGAAUUAUUUUGCGAGGAAUGUCACCACGCUUUUAUCGUUUAUUGUUUCAUUCAUUUAGAAACUUUGUACCCUUUGAAAUCCUGCCCUGUGUUUUUUUUGGGUCCUACGAAUCCCCUACCAGUGGUUCUUGUUGCUGGGUCGAGUGGGGGUUGCGUUCAUUGAACGCCGCCUUUCCUUGUUGAUCUUGUUUAUCAUAUUUUUUUAACUCUCCAAAGCUAUGAAAAAAGGUUAUUUGAGACUAUAUAAGACGUAGAAAGAGAACUGGAUAAUAAAGUGUGGAAUCGUGACUUCAAUGAAGGAACGGAAGAUUGACGCAACGCUUUCGUUUAUCGUUGACAAGGUCACUCAUUGUAUUCACCUCUAAUGUACGCUAUAAGAAGAUCUGCAGAAGGUCAUUGCUAUAAAUAAAAACAUUCCUUGCUUUAUUAAUGUCAAAACAAAGCAAAUUGAUGUUAUAGUUACAUAUUUUGUGAAUCAAAACAGGAAAUUCGUUCUUUUUAUGUCCUUUUUUAAACUGCGUUGUGAACUUUUCUUUUCUGGGGCAGUUUUCACAUAAAAUUCUUCAUUAAAAGUUCGUGCACCUCUGUUUUAAUUUGGAUACAGAUUAAACGAAUCUUUAAGUUGACGCAUUUUGUAUCUAUGAAUUAAAAGUUUUUAUUAGGCUUGUGAAUUCAUAAAAAAAUUUAUUGUGGCAACAUUAAACAUGGGUUACAUAUUAAAGACUAAUACAUUACAUUCACCAAAUUAAUGCUGAAAUAGAUCAAUUCUAUUUUCCAAAAAGUAAUUUGUUUCAAAAUUGUUGUGUGCUAAGCAUUCUGAUAUCAUUCCUACGUCACAAAUUUACUGAGAGAUUUAAAGUUCACACCAGUGUAUAAAGUAUUAUUUUAUCUAUUUUAUAUUUUAUUAUAUGAAUUAUUUGAACUCUUAAAAUGGACACAAGGCUAAUUAAAUUGAUAAGAACAAGA